GCAGGGUAUGGGUCGAUGCACGAGUUUGUUGAAUAUGAUGUUGAUGCCAUGUGCUAUUAUUAUCCACAAGUAUGCCUUCCCUGUCCGUACGCGUCCGUCCCUGUGCACACACCAACCUGUAGCUGAGCUUGCAUAUAGUUUGUGUGAUAGUAACCAUGGACACCAAGACUCCCUCCAGUAGUGGCCGCUCGGACAUGAUAAAUGCAGUGAGCCAACUGGUGUUCAACGUGAGCUCAGGCACGACGAGUCAGGUGGAUCUGGGGGCCAUCGCUAUACAGGACGUGCUUGCACAGUUAGAGACCACCGAUGAAAACUUUCACAGCUACGAGUUGGUGCGUACACUUCGUGCUCGAGUGGAGAAGGCGGUCGGCACGAUGGUUGACGCCAGACUAGAGGCAGCUGGGGACGACCACAAUGCCGUAGCCAGUAUCACCAAUGAGGUGCUCAACUCAACAGAGUAUGGCCAGAUGUACCAAACCUUUGUCUCUGACUUACGGACAGCAGUGGACGAAAUGCUAGCGGACGAUAGCCUCCUGUCUCAGCCCCCCUCUGAUCAGGGGGAUGGUUUGAACACGUCCACGUGCUCAUCAGCCACACAAUACUUCAACCUUGACGACUCAGCUUGCACCUCUGAGUUACUAUCAGUUCAUCAGACGGGACUCAUGUUCAUGUCCCCGGAACAGCUGCAGUCUAUAGCUGACGCACUGCACGCAUCACAAUCACUACAGGUUCGUAUUGACGGCAUGAGACACCUGCUGCAGUUCCCCAGCGGUGAUCUGGUUGGCUGUGAUAACUGGACGCCCCUCAACACUGCCGUGCGGAAGUGUCUCAUGGACGACAGUAAACAGCUGUCUGAUAUGUGCCUUGUGUUCUACAACAGGAUGUAUGCCGCCCACCUAUCUACCACCACCAGAUGUGUGUACCUCAGUCUGGCCGAGGAGCUGAUGACUCAUUUCCAUGGCAAUCCUGUCACGGCUGGACCAGGGAUUGAUGUAGCGAAUACCACUAAUGCAAAACUGCUAGAGAUGUUUCGACUGCUCAAUCACAUUCAACACAAUCUUCCUUCGUUUUGGCUUCGAUACAACGACACAGUUGUCAAGGCCGUCAUCAGUGUAACCUUUGACCUCCUGACAUUAAACCAUGCACCUGGGUCUGCUGGUCCGAUCUACUUCUUGUCUCUACUUGAUCCCCGGGCAAUCUGGUUCAGGAAAUGGAUGCAUGGCCAGUACAGCAGGACAUUUGUUAUGGAGGCAAUGAGAGAGAAUCCGACCAUGAUUCAAGACGUGGUGUGUCGUUUGAUGGGGGCCAAAGCAGUGAGCUCGUCCAAGCCCUCCAAGCAACGCAGUGCUCGGCUCCGGGGGUUAGGUGAUGAACAGGUGUACACUGACAAGACGCUCGAGUUUGCCAAGUUCACUCACCACCUCAGCUUGUUGGAGAAGCUGCUACUGUACAAAGAGGGGAGGAGAAUGUUCCCUGUCACAAUCAAGAAGACCAAUGUCUCAGUAUCUAUCGCUGAUGUGCUCUCCCACUUGCUGACCCUGCUCUAUUCAGUCAACCAUAGUAGUAAUGAUAUUCACGACCCUCUCGAAAGCCUCCGCCCUCGUUACGUCAUCUCCCACCUCUUUGAAGAGUUGGCUUCUGGAAACACGGACUGCAGAGAGAUGCUAUGCGAUAUACAGCUUAUCUCCCUCAUGAUUGAACCACUAACAAUGGCUGCCAGCACAACUCAGGCUGGUAUUUCAUCGUCCAAUGAGGUGAUGACGUUACUGGGGGAGGUGGUCUCCAUGCUCGCCGUCACUGACAACGGACGACAUUGCUUGCUCUAUGGGAGAUGCAAUAAAUUAUCGGAGGCCCCAGUCCAUGUCAUAGUGAAGUUUGUGAUAGACGCUCUAACCACCUUCACCCGACAGCAUCAGUCGACUAACCUCAGAUCUAGAGAGGCCAUUGCGUGGUUAUCCGUUUGUAGGCAUCUUUACAACACUAGCCAUGGGCUGUUAGUGAUUGAGCGUUACCAGCUGCACAGGCACAUAGCAACCGCUUGGAAGAAGGUUAAAGGUUCCACGGAUCAAUCUAUGGUUGAAGACAGCUAUUCACUAGAGGAAUCAUUGAUCGACAAUCUCCUCAACUUUGCUGUAACGCCCAAAGGGAUGCUCCUGCUGUACCAGAGUGGGUUGAUGUCCACCUGCACUGUGUAUAUGUGUGAGCGUUACAAGCUGAAGUUACAAGUCAGUAAACACGAGAAGUUUGGCUAUGGUUGCAUGGUGACACAGCUGGCAUCAACAACGGCUGGGAUCAGCGAGCUCAACAAAUGUGGUUUCAUCUCCAUGCUUGUGCAAGAGCUGUGGACACUUCUAGACGAAGGGGACGAUGACUACAGACUGACCGCACCCAGGGCACACCCCCUGGACCCAAUGGAUAGGGCCUCACACAAGGCCAUCAUCAACCUGCUGAAUGUGCUAUCAUCCUAUCCUGCACUAUAUGAGGUCCUACAAAAACCAUCAACCCAACCAUCGACCAGUCCAUCCAACUCUCCGUCUACUGUAUUUGACCUCUUGGACACCUUGGUGAUGGUCGAUUCUGAGGAAAAAAAGAAACGCUUACUGAACUAUCAAGAAGCUCACUUGUUUGGAUUGAGGAUAGUGAGCACCCUUGUGACGUGUCUAGACUCCCUACUCUAUCUGGAGAAUCAGUACCAUCUGACCGAGGCCCUCUUCUCGUUACAGAAAGACGGCAGACUUGAGAAUGGAUCAUCAGAUAUCGACAGUGACUUGAUAGUGGUUGACGAGUGUUCUAUCGAGCGUAACCGUCUGCUGGUGGCCUGUCACUUUGUGGGGGGUCCCACGGAGAGAGCCCUCCCACCGCACUAUCUCACCAAAGUGAGUGAUGAGUACUGUUGGCCAUUGUUCAGUAGCUACCCUCCUCCCUCUGUGUAUCAGGCGGCACUAGCCCUGAGGCAGUCAGACGGCAGGUCUAAGUCAGCAGCUCUACUGAGACAACUGAAGACUGUCCCGCCCUCUGACAAGUGUGAGGAGUGGUUGAGCAAGACCAGGACCUUGUUUCAGGCUGAAAUCAGGGAUUUAUCACAAGAAGUGAUGUCAACUAUGUUGCUGAGAGUUGUGGCCGUCCUUUCCAAAAGCCAGCUGUACGCUGUCUUCCCGGCCAAGGCUAAAUCUCUUAGUGGCGAGUCGACUGGUGACACUUCACUGACAACUGUCGAGGAACUGGGCGUGGAAAUGGUGUUACGGUAUGGACAGAUGUUGGGAUUGCUCCAGCCCUCACAUCACGAUAAGCCGUUGACUCAGAGAAAGGAUAUUAGGACACUACUCAAGCGAGUCAAAAACUUUCUACGAAAACAACAACACACAUGUGCAGGAGACACAGCUGAUGGAAUGAGGUGUGGUUUCGAUUGGUUCACAUCCUCCAUCUUUCUACUCACAACGGGGUCUCUUAAGUCAUCUACCGAGUGUCUGGAACAGCUGUCAACGUUGAUACAGUCCGUGUACAUGUGGACGUCUAGAGCUUAUUACAGUGUUCAUUUACCAGUUGAUGUUGCCUCUAGUGGCAUAAGCCCAACCACAUACGUCACCUCUCACUUUGUGGACUAUAUUCUGCAGUCUGAAGUUCCGUUGGUGUCCUCAGCUAUCAGAAUGUGUGGCUAUGCAGUGUCUCAGAUUUGUCAGCACUGGUUGAGGCAGUGCUUCUGGAACUUUUUUGACUGGCCUGAGAUUUCGCGAUACUUGACUGUCUGUAUUCUCUAUGGAGUCGAUUACCAGGUCUACUACUGUGUGUCCGUGUUGAAGUAUUUAGAGUUCAAAAUCUUACAACAUACUCAAGAGCAAGAUCUUAUCGUGUUUCUAAAGGAAGAGAGCCUCGAUGGCUACCGCUGUGCUGACUGGAUGGAGUUCAUGGGCGACCUAGAAAAGAAGUUCAGAGACACUGUUUUGAAAGAAAUGCGAAAACUGUUGUGAUCUCCCGAUGGUAGUGCUAUUUGAGCAGUAAUAAUAAUACUAAUUCAAUCUCUUGACUGUUUAUAACACAGUAGGCGUUAUUGGCCCAGCAGGUUUUCCCAAUAAGUUUCACUAUAAGUUAUGUAAACACAGUCACUGUGUGAUAGACGCCAUGCAGUAAUAAUUAAGUCACUUGGUAAUAAUUAUCAUAAUCGCAUGUUGUCCUAUUAUUGACUGUGAUUCGAGCCCUACUAUUAAUUAUACUAAUCACUGAAAAUUGUACUUUAAGAUGAGAAAAGACGGUUAGAAUUAACGAAAGUGAUGGGAAUACUAGGCAAAGUUCUGUUUGUGGGUAGUCUGUUUCUCUUCGUCUGUCUCUACUCAACAGAAGGGGCCGUGUACACCAUUUCUCCAAACGGUUGCAACAAUUGUAUCAGCUUCACAUACUUCCUGGAGAACACAAGUAUCCUUUCAAAUUCUACCAUCUACUUUUACCCUGGUGUAUAUAGAGUGCAUGAAGGUAAAGCGUACAGCAUUGUAAAUGCAGGUUUACAAAAUGUUACAAUCAAGACACUCGAACAAUUAAAUGAUGGCCAAGAUGAUGGGAUUGCUACUAAAGCUCAAAUGUAUUGUACUAACCAGUUUAAAUUAGCGUGGCUGUUCAUUGAUUGUAAAGACAUUCAUGUUGAAAACCUAGAGAUGAUAAACUGCGGUGUUCCACUAGAUUCCUUUGUUAGUUUCAUUGGUGGCUCCUUUUUAGCGACUAUCGAGUCACUGGUUUCCACAGAUACACUAGUAACUUUGGUACUUGCACGAGGUUCGAAUUUUACGCUAUCAAAUGUACGUUUGAGUGAUACACAAGGCCUCAUUCUUUUUGUUUUUGAUGUCGGAAUUAGUUUCCAAGUUAGUCGUAGCACACUUAAUGGUGCAGUUUCAAUUUACACUAGGCAGCAAGAGCUUGAGCUUGAAAUGCAUGAAUCAGAAUUUUUACCGCGAUUAUCCACUGGCUCAGAGGGAGAUUUAUACCUGGAGGGCGUAACCAUCAAUACACAGGCCGAUAUGAGCCUCACAAUACGAAAUUCCACUUUUCAAGGUUACGAUGAAAUUUAUUGUAAUUCACUUUCAAUAAUGUAUGGUAUUUGCAGCUCAUUGACUCUGAGAGUGAUCAGUGUGUUGUUUAAAUAUGGCGGUGUGUCCGUUAUUGAACCCAUAGGAGACUCACAGUGGAGCUGUGUACGGCCAAAACAGAUACUAAUUCACAAUUGUUCAUUCAUAAACAUUUAUUCCAGGACCGGUGUAGAGGUUAGUGGUAUUGCUAGACGACAGAUGGUUAAAUAUGAGUAUACAAAUGUGGUUGAUCUGGCCCUAUCAAAUUCAAAAUUUAUUGGUUGCAAGCAAGGCUUCAAGCUUAGGGAAUUAUCAGCAGAGUUAAGUGGAAACUUAUUUGAAAACAACAGUGCUGCUCUAAAUGUGAAUAACUGUACGAUCAUAUUUUAUGAUGCGAAUAAAUUCAUACAAAAUCGAGAACGGAGAUAUUCAUUUGGUACAAUUUUGUUUACUGAGUUAUGUAGAGUUUAUAUUAAAGGUUAUCUACUGAUCACAAAUAACUUGGGAAAUAAAUAUUCUGCAGUUAUUGUCAAAAGAUCUAGUUUGUUUAUUAGCGGUAAAGUAAACUUCAUAAAUAAUGUCGGAUUUUACGGUGGUGCAUUAUCGUUGUACUCUGGAUCCACCAUAACACUGUCUCCUCAGUCACGAGUGGUAUUUAUUGACAACCAUGCUUUCAAAAGCGGUGGUGCGAUUUAUGUGGAAACUGAAAGCUAUGUUGGUGACAAUUUGGAUAUCACUUGCUUUUACGAUUGCAUGAGCCGCUCUUGUCCAAAUCCAGUAAUUUUUUUCUGUAACAAUACUUCUAUUCAAGGUGGAGAUUCUGUCUAUGGUGGCUCUGUGGAUGAUUGUUCAAAGAGAAGUAAGGACCGAAUUUCGAUGUUUGAUAGAAUGGUAAACUUCUGUGAUGAAGACGAAAGUACAUCUCUUGUUUCAUCAAAACCCAUCCGAUUAUGUUUUUGCAACGAUUCAGGAUUAAUCUGUGAUGUCUUGUUGGUAAAUGUAACGAUCAUACCUGGACAAACAUUUGAGCUAACUGUCAUGGCUGUGGGUCAACAAUAUGGUACAAUUUCAGCGACAAUACAAGCUAAACUGGAACUGAAAGAGGAGUUGCUGGCACACAUUGAACACUCUCAAAGGAGGCAGCUAGUAUUUAGGACUUGCUCGGUUGUUAGGUACACAAUUUAUGGAAUUUACGGCACACAUGUACUUUAUGUUUCCAUCAGGGAGUUGUCAGAUGUUGAUAUUUGGGAUAAUUUAGAAUAUGGUCGUUUUGGUACUUCCCAGGAGAAAUUAGGGGAAUAUUCACCGGAGGUGCCACUUACAAUUCAAAUACAUUUACAGCCUUGUCCUCUUGGUUUUAAUUUUGAGCAAGAGUCAUUAAGUUGUGUGUGCCUACCCUUUCUUGUUGAAGCCUCCAUACAUUGCAACAUCAACAGACAAACAGUCAUUAAACCCACAGAUCUUUGGAUUAACGUUACCAACACUACUGCAAUCAUUCACCGACACUGUCCAAUCGGAUAUUGUAAAACAGCCGGCAUAGAAUUUUUGCUCAACGACCCCAGCACACAGUGUUUGCUCAACCGUGAUGGAACACUUUGUGGGAAGUGUGAGGGAAAUAUGAGUCAAGUUCUGGGGAGCUUCAGUUGUAGAACGUGCUCUGAUUUCUGGCUGCUGUUAAUCGUACCUGUUGUAGUUUUGUGCGGUAUUUUACUCGUCAUUUUUCUCAUGGUUUCUAAUCUUACGGUUGCCACGGGAACAAUCAAUGGAUUGAUCUUCUACGCAAAUAUUGUUCAGGCGAACAAAGCGAUUUAUUUCAGCUCCCAGACAAAGAUUUCUACACAGAUAUGUAGCGUUUUUAUCUCCUGGCUCAAUCUGGAUCUCGGAUUCGAAGUGUGCUUGUACAACGGUCUAGACGCUUUUGUUAAGACAAUUCUUCAACUAGUUUUCCCACUCUACAUAUGUGCUCUGGUGAUAGUCAUUAUCUUAUCAAGUCACUACUCUAUUAGAGCCGCUAGACUCAGCGGAAACAAUUCAGUUCAAGUCUUGGCAACUCUAUUUCUCCUCUCAUACUCAAAAUCUAUACGGCUUGUUAUCACUGCACUAUCUGUGACACGUCUUACUAUUCAUGACUACGUUAAUGGCUUCAACACCACCAAGUUUGUGUGGCUGUACGAUGGAAAUGUGAACUAUUUGCAAGGCAAACAUGUUAUCAUUUUUUUGAUUGGUGUUUUCAUACUGAUUGUAGUGUCACUCCCAUUCACAACGUUACUGUUCUUUGUGCAAUGCCUACAAAAGAUAUCCCAUCUCAAAUACUGUACGUGGGUUUGGAAAAUGCAGCCACUUUUCGAUGCUUACACCGGGCCUUAUAAGAGCAAGUUCAGAUACUGGACUGGACUUUUACUCCUAAUUCGUGUGGUUUUGUACACUGUAUACACAAUGAAUAUUGAUGGGGAUCCAUCCAUUAACCUACUCGCUACUGUUAUCGCAAUUCAGUUACUUUUAGUACACUUAAUAACUGUCGGUAAAGUUUAUAAAUCAAAGCUGUUGGGAAUUCUGGAGCUAUCUUUCCUGCUGAAUGUGAUCGUUCUUUCUGUUAGUAGCUUGUUUGCUGUACACAUCAACAAAGACCAAGAAAUUGUAACUAAUAUUUCAGUGUUUCUGGCCAUUGUUACAUUUGGAGGGAUUAUGGUUGGGCAUGCAGUUGUGUCACUGAAGUCUUCCAAAAAAUUGACUAACACUUUCAAUAAUAAGAGAACGAGGAAAGAUGUGAUUGAAAAUGUGUCGGAUAUGCAACAGAAUCGAGAAUUGAGACCCAUAAUACUGCAGGUUGUGUCCCUUGACGAUCUUCAAGAUCCUCUUUUAGAGAAUUAGCAUGCACUGGAACUAUAAUAUAUAAUAUCGGCUCUAGCACAUAAUAGAGUGCAUGCAUGCAGUGACUCUUUGCAGUGUGUCUAUAUAUUGACUUUUCUUCAGGAGUACCUAAAUAAUCCUUGUUUCAUCACACUCUCUAGAUUAACGCACAAUUAAUGUUCAUAA